AUGAUGCUGGGAGUCGUGACCCGUGAUAUGGAGUUGUCCACCAUCAACGUGGAAUCGCUGGACAGUCAAUUUGACAUGGACGUGAGUGUAACCAAAGUAGAUAAACCUGAACUGCUACAUGUCGAUAAUCCCAACUACGAUCAGCUGAUUACCAACUACCCCCACCUUCAUGGCGUCACCAUGAACGAUAACGAUCAAAAGCCCAAACUACCAAUCCACCUGAUUAUCGGAGCAAGCGACUAUAUCUCCAUCAAAACUGACCAACCAGCCCGCGUAGGAAAGACGGGGGAGCCCAUAGCAGAACUAACGAAACUCGGGUGGACAAUAAUCGCGAAGGGUAACGAGAUUGACUAUGCCGCCUUGCUGAUCACACAAACAAACCAAAGUGACUAUGAACAACUUUGCCGUUUGGAUGUUCUCGGAUUGGAAGAUCGACCGGAACACGACCAAAGGAGCGUCUACGCAGAAUUCCGUGAACAACUCGUGCGCAGUGAAGAAGGCUGGUAUGAGACUGGACUACCAUGGAAAGCCAACUACCCUACCCUUCCAAACAACAAAACUGGGAGUUUGCGACGCCUUUCCAACCUGACACAAAAACUAAAUCGAACUGAACUCCUUGAAGCUUAUGAUGCGAUAAUCAGUGACCAAAAGACAGAAGGAAUUGUCGAGAACGCAUGUGAACCUGCUAUCGGAAAUGAGUUCUACAUACCCCACAAACCAGUGAUACGGGAAUCAGCGGAGUCAACCAAGUUGAGAGUUGUCUACGAUGCAUCAGCGAGAGCCUACGCAGACGCACCAAGCCUGAACGACUGUCUCAACGCUGGUCCACCUCUUCAAAACCGUCUGUGGGACGUGCUAGUCCGAAUGCGCUUUCAUCCUGUAGCGGUGACGGGAGACCUAAAGAAAGCCUUCCUGCAAGUAAGAAUCAAGGAAGCAGACAGAGACGCAUUACGGUUCCACUGGAAACCACGCGAGCAGAGUGAACUGCAAACAUUAAGAUUUACGCGAGCGUUGUUUGGCCUUACCUGCUCUCCAUUCCUGCUCGGCGGAGUCGUCGAACAACACCUUAACGCCUGGGAGGAGCGAAUGCCAGAAGAGGUGAGCGAGUUGCGGAAGAGUAUGUACGUAGACGACUUCAUCAGCGGGAGAACAACAGUCGAAGAAGCCAAGCAACUGAAAAGAAACGCGAUAGAGAUUUUCAAUGAUGCGACAUUUACGUUACAUAAGUGGCAUUCAAAUGAGCCGGAGCUGGAAGAUUCGCCAGACAAAUCAACGGACGAAGUGACUUACGCCAAGCAACAACUAGGAACAACCAAAGGAGGAGAAUGUAGUCUACUGGGGCUUCCCUGGCACAAGUCUUCUGAUACCAUCAGCGUGGUCAUUCCUUGCGAGCCAACGAAGCUAACGAAGCGAGGAACUUUACAAAAACUUGCAAGAAUAUACGAUCCAUUAGGACUGGUAUCACCUCAUACCCUACAAGGAAAGCUUAUCUACCGAGAAGUAUGCAAGAAGAAGGUCGGAUGGGACGUGGAGAUCGAUAGCGAAGCCAAGAAAAAUCUGGAACGCUGGGAACGAAGUCUGCCGAACCAAGUCACAACCGAGAGAUCACUGGUAAAAUUCCGCGAAAAUAUUGAGUCAAUAGAACUGCAUGCGUUCGGAGACGCAAGUGGUGAUGGUGUAUCGAGCGCAGUGUACGCAGUUGUCCAUCAGCCAUCGGGCGUUAGCCAAGGACUUGUGGCAGCAAAGUCGAGACUAGCGAAACAAGGCUUAACGAUUCCGCGCCUGGAGCUGGUGUCUGCGCACAUGGCUGCCAACCUUAUCAGCAACGUAAGAAACGCCUUGGAUGGAUUUCCGAUCACUGUUGUCCAGUGCACGUGUUGGCUUGACAGCACAGUUGCGCUACACUGGAUCAACGGCAGGGGAGAAUACAAACAAUUUGUUGCCAACCGAAUCCAGAAAAUUAAGUCGAACAGCGGUAUCCAAUGGCGUCAUGUACCAACCGACCAAAACCCAGCUGACCUGGGAAGUAGAGGUGGUUCUGUAGUCAACAAACAAUUGUGGUGGAACGGUCCAACAUGGCUCAGCACUCCAGAAAGUUGGCCCGCAGACAUAACCACUACCCCGUCCAAGGAAAGCAACGCCGAAGCGAAGAUGGUUAAACAGGUACUGGCAGUAUCGUUGGAGAGCAUCAACGAGCUAGACGAGAUGCUUACGAAAUACAACUUGUGGAAAAUGUUGAGAAUCUGUGCAUGGGUAGCAAGAUUUGCUUUCAACUGCCGUCGACCCCGACAAAAGCUAAAAGGACCAUUAACGACAAACGAGAUCGAGAAGCAGAAAUUAUUCUGGAUCAAACGUGCCCAAACCAGCGCAACGUACGAAGAGGAACGAUCGGCAUUGAAUCUGAAGCCAAACGAACUCGGAGUUUUGGUAUGCCGAGGAAGAAUCCAAGGAAAUUAUCCCAUAUUCCUACCAGACACACAUCCCUUCACAGCAAAGUUGGUGGAUCAAGCUCAUAUACGCACUCUGCAUGAAGGAGUAGGAAUGACGAUGGCUUACAUUCGUGAGAAGUACUGGAUCCCGAGGCUUCGCAGACUCGCUCGGAAAGCGAUCAAGAAAUGCUACGGUUGCCGCAGAUUCCACGCAAAAUCCCUAGAGCAACCUGUACCUGGUCUGCUCCCACGUGAUCGAACGGAAGGCAGUCGCCCAUUCCAAACCAUAGGAGUAGACUUCGCAGGACCACUAAGGUACAAGAAAGGAAACAAGACCAAAGGGAAAGCGUACUUCGUGCUGUACGCUUGCAAUUUGACAAGGGCGAUCUACGUCGAGUUAUUGGCCAGCCUAUCGACCGAAGAGUUAAUAAGAAGUCUGAAAGGAUUCAUCGCCAGGAAAGGGAGACCAGAAAAAAUCUAUUCAGACAACGGCAAAACCUUUGUCGCGGCAGCAAAGUGGUUGAACGUGGUGCAAAGGGACGAAAAGCUCCAAAACUUUUUGGCUAUCAAAGAAAUACGUUGGCAGUUCAACCUUAGUCGAGCGCCGUGGUGGGGUGGCCAGUUUGAGCGCUUGAUCGGGCUUGUCAAACGAGCAUUACAAAAAACAAUUGGCGGUGGAUGUUUGCGAUGGAACGAAAUGCAGGAAGUACUUCUAGAUGUAGAAGUCGCUCUAAACAGUCGACCACUGAGCUACGUCGAGGAAGACCAUCAAAUGCCAACUCUGACACCAAACGCUAUGAUGUUCGUCGGCUCUAAUACCUUGCCAGAAUUAGAGGCCCAUCAUCUCGAAAAACCUGAUCUACGGAAAAGAGCAAGAUUCUUAUCGAGAUGCAAAGAUGCUGUUUGGCGACGAUGGACAUCAGAAUACCUACGGGCGUUACGGGAAAGACAUAACCAGGCUCAAGGGACUAAAACGUUGAACCUGAAGAUCGGGGACGUGGUGAUCAUCAAAUCGGACGAGAAGAAUCGAGCGAAGUGGAAAUUAGGAAUUGUUGACGAGCUUUUCAAGGGACGCGACGAUGUGGUGAGGGCAGUAAAACUUCGAGCUGGGAACAAUUUCCUAGAAAGACCACUUACACAUCUGUACCCCUUGGAACUAUCGUGCGACCGAAAAGCGAAGGUAACUAAACAAUCACUGCAUGAACGCAGAUGCUACAAUAUUCAGACCCAAGAGAGACGCUGCAGUGGCAGCAAGGCAACGCAUUCAAGAUGUCAUAAACUCUCAGAGUUAGGCAUGGUGGACAUCCGUUAG